UGAUAAGUCUAGCGCUCGCACUAGUACUUAUGGCAUUCCACUAGUCCUCCGACAGGGUCAGGGCUUGGACGUCGACCCUAGGUUUGUCCGGCUCGGGUCUGCUCACGAACACAUAUAUAUUUCCACCGAUAAUUGCUGAAUAUUUCCUCUGACUGUACAUCCAACUUCAAAGUUCACAGUGAGGCAGUCUCGGACUUUUGCCAUUUUUUCUCUUUCAAUUUUAGUCCCUCCUUUAUACUGACGUUGCCAGUGAUGUUGACCCCUUCCAUCAUCGAUCCGGUUGCACGCAACAUUGUUAUAAUAACAACGACUUUAUCCACGCUCAUGGUUAUCGAGUAUAUUUGGUCUUUUACCGAUGAAAUCCGGCUAGUCUGGCCGCGAUUUUUGAAGACCACGGAAGCUAAGAUUUACGUGGUGACCAGGUAUGCUGGUGUGGCUGGCCAAAGCUUCAACAUCUGGUUUGCAUUUAGGAUGGUCUCGGGGGCUCCCAAUAGUCCGUCCACUUGCAGAGCAUGGUAUUUGUACCAGACCUUGAUGACCCAGUGUCUGCUGCUUUCAGUAGAGUCAUUACUCAUGCUGCGGGUGUACAAGAUGUAUAGAAAAGGUAAAUCUAUCUGUGCACUCUUGACCGUCUUUGGUGGCGCACAGCUUGCCGCCAAUGCAGCCAGUGUUCGAUCAGUUAUAACUGGUAUUAGCUAUACCCCCACUUGUGUCAUCAUCUCGCCUCACCACAGUAGGAUCUAUGUCGGCGUCUCAAUCAUUGUAACGUUCAUGGUUAUCCUUUCCACGAUGUUAUGGAGAUUCUUCGGAAGCUCAUCCGGCCUGUCGGAAGCUCCCCGUGCUUGGCUCAAGCUUGCGGUCCGUGACGGCAGCUGCACGACCAUUGCGAUAAUGAUGAUCUUCAUCUUUAUGUUUCUCUGCAACACGCGCGUCAUCAACACACAGAUGAGUGGAAACAUCAUCUUUUACGUACUGUUUUCCUUCCUUUGGUUUGCUGCUGGACGCAUAGUCCUUCAUCACGCAAAAUUUCGUAACAUCCAGGGUGACAUUAAUGACCCAAGGUUGACUCAGACGAUCGAGGUGGACCCUGAUGACAUUAGACCUUUUGAUGAUUCUGAUGCAUGUCCAACGAGUCCCUCCGACUUCGAGGUCGAGUCGACUGAAGUUUCUACCCCAUUCGACUCCAUGUCAGAUGCGGGAACAAGGGAUAUCGCUGACGGACACCUUUGCGGGGAAGACAAUAUGCAGUUGUCGAGAUGCGCACCUACAUUCAUACUCAUCGAAAGAUGCAUCAGUGGUAGGGGUUCGGGCUUUAAGAAGUAAAGCAAUUCUAUUUGUUUCAUAAGAUGAUCAUAAGUUUCGUAGUACAUACUUCACAUCACUAAUGGUUUUACAUUAUCAGGCAUAUGGUGCCAUUCUUCGACUGAAAGUAUUGUCAGAGUUACCCAGAUUCCGGAACGCAACCUGCAUGUCACAUCUCUAUACAAGCGGUGACUUUCGGUCGUUGUUUUAUUACAAAGGCAGACUUUGUACACUAUAUUUCACCA